UUUACUAUUAUUGACAAUCACAAAAAUGGAGGAAGGUAUAUCUGUUAAAAAUGAGGAUAAAAGUAUUGACAUUAAACAAGAAAAACAUGAAAGUGUUGAUAACUUUAAGUGUGAAUAUGAUUCUGGAAGUCAAGACAGCAGCAAAAGUGGGAGUGGAGGGUACCAGCGUUGGGCUCCAAAUUUAAAUGGGGUACGGAAAAGUGCAUUUACGCCAUACAAAUCUGUUCAAUGCACACCGUUAACUAAUUUACAAAGAGGUAAUACGCAGGCGCGCGUCCCCGAACUGCCUCAGCCCGAUUGUAGCUUUCACGCUAAAGCUGGCCGCGGCGAAAUAACCCGUGACGACGUGAAACUGGAGCAGUAUGUUGAUAUUACCGAUGAACACGGACUUACGGCGCUUCACUGGGCCGCCAGCUAUGGUCAGUUAAAUAGUUGCCAGGAUCUUGUGUGGAGUGGUGGGAAUGUUAACAUGAGGGGUCCCGAGGGUGAGACAGCACUCCAUCUGGCAGCAGCGGGCGGACAUCAUGAGGUUGUGAAGUUUUUGUUGAAUGAAGGCGCUGAUGCUGAUAUACAAGAUGAUUCCGGCAGCACAGCUUUGAUGUAUGCGGCCGCUGCUGACUUUCCUUACACCUGUAAUGAGCUCCUCAUUCGUGGAGCCGACCUAACCCUUACUAAUGAUUAUGAUCAAGAUGCCUACACUCUCACCACUACCAAUAAUUGCAAACUGGCUCAAACUGUGAUAGAAAAUUUUUUGAUUGGCUGCCUUAGCAAAAUGUGAAAGAUUCCACUCAUUCAUGUUAAGUUGCUGAGAACAACCAACACAACGGAUUCAUUUGCUUACAGCAGUUAAAUGAAAAUACAGGGAUUUAGUUUAUAAAUAUAAAAUGUAUUUAAUAUAUAUUUUAAGUUCAAUUUAUACAAACAUGUGAUGUGAUGUGACUCAAUAGACAGACAAUAUAUGAAUUAAACCUCA